UGUGUAUAGGAAGAGGCGGAGCUCUUGGUGGCUGUGUGUGGCUGCAGCAGAUGAUCAGAUGGUUCAGACAGAACGAAGCUUCAGACUGACGAAUGGAAGUGACAUCAGACUGCAGUGUCUCUGACGUCACUGAGGGCGGGGCCAACAAGGACCCUGACCAAUCAGAAUGCAUCGUCAGCCAGCCAACAGCCAAUGGGACGCUCCUGCAUCACGGCACAGAGGAGGCUCCGCCCCCUGUCUCUCAUAGGUCGGACGAUUCUGACAGCAGUAACGACUCUUUGACAGACAGCUCCUGCACCAAUGACAUUUCUCGACUCCUGCCUGCCCCGCCCACCUGUGAGCUCUGCAAACAGAGAGGUGUGGACGGAUCAUCAGCGUCUCCUGUCUGUGUUCCUCCAUCUUCACCCGCCUGUCCUCCUCCUCCUCCUCCUCCUCCUCCUUCAUCCACCUGUAGCAGACAUCCUAGUCAGAGCACCAAUCAGAAGCGGCUAUCUUCCACUAAAAGCCACGCCUCCUUUAAGACUGACGCCGCCCACAUUAAAGAGGUCGCUGGGGACGACUGCUGCGUCCACUGCCUCCUGGCCUGUCUGUUCUGUGAGCUGCUGUCCAUGUGUUCGGCGGUGGGGGAGUGUCUUGCGUGUGGAGUGGGCGGAGCCAGCUGCUGCGACGCCGCUGUUGGCUGCUGCUGCUGCGUGGAGGCGGCGGGAGAGGUGGCGUGCACGGAGGAGGCGUGUCAGGCCGUGCUGGAUUGUGGGAUAUUGGAGGAUUGCUGCGGUUCGUCCGACUGCCUGGAGAUCUGCCUGGAGUGCUGCUCCUUCUGCUUCCCCUCGUAGCAGCCAAUCACAGGAGGACAACAGCAUGAUGUCACAGCAGAGAGGCUGCUGGGAUGGAUUCAACCCCAAAACAGACCAAACACUGGAACCUUGUUGGCUUUAGAAGAUCUGCAGCGAGUCGACUCGUCGGCUUCACGAUGUUCUCAUAUUUGUUCUUUACUUACUGUUCCUGUCUGUGAUUGGUCGUCUGCUGCCGGCUCCGCCCUGCUGGUUAUAUGAUGGCUUCAUGGAGCUGAGGCAGUUUGGUUUGGAGACUCCAGAUAACUAAAGAUAUCUUGGAUACACAGUGCAGACCCCAGGUUCUGGUUCCGUUCCAUUCUAUUCUAUGUUCGUUCCGUUCCCUCUUGUUCAGUGAUCCACCAGAACAUUAAAACGGAACAAAAGCAAAACAAACAAAGUGGUUUUCUGUUUUUGGUGCCAACAAAACCUGAAGUGUUCAGGGAGCGGCUCUCCACGGUGGAGCAAAGUUCUGCUCAGAACUCUGGUGGAGUUGAAGUGACGUCGACUCUGAAUGUUUCUGAGAGUAAAAGAUGUUUGAAUUUGUUCAUUCAGGAUUCUGGCAGUAGACAUGUUUACACUUACAGCCUAAACAUGCUGAGGCGUGAACCAAUCACAAACAGGAUCAUCACGGCACCUGCAGGGAAACUAAACUUUGCUACGACGUAUCAGAAACGUUCCCUGGAUGUUUCUGUUGAAUCCACACUCAGCUGUCUGACUGACUGGUAGCUCGGAGGGCGGAGCAGGAAGUGGGUCCUACAGGGACCGGAGGUGUGUGUUUGUAGAAGCUGCAUGACAGGACGUCCAAACAGGAAGCAGGAAGUCACUGAAAAGACAACAGCAGACUGACCAGACGUAAAUCUGUUGGUUACUGGGAGGAAACUGAAGUUCUACUGAACUACUGCCGCGUUCAAGAAGGAAGACGACUGUUUCUGAUCGACUGAUCACACGAGGCAGUGACUUCCUGCUGAGUCUGUAUCUGAGUUCUGAUCUUGUCCCAGAACACUGAAGUGAAUCCACAAAGACUGAAUGAAAGCUUGGAGCUGUGCUGAAGCAAGAGAGCGAAAGGAAGAGAUGAAGAGAGAGAAAGAAACCGAGACGAGAACUCCUGACAUGUUCUCUGGUAAUGAGUUCAUCCAGAUGUAGGAGCAGACGUUAAUGUUCCCUGACCUCCACAGGAACAGUUUCAUUUCAUCCUCAGACCAAGUUUUUGGGUUAAAAAUACACUUUUAAAUUUCUGUCUAUACGGACAAAGUUGAUCAGUGAGUUUUCUUUCUUCUUUCAGGUUUGUUCCUAAAAAAGAGCUGAUUUGUGUUUGUGAUUAUUCAGUUACCUGGUUGGGUGUGUUUCACACUGAAGCUAAAUUCUAAAAAGUUCUGACACAUUUUGUUUGUUUUUAUGGGGUUUUCUGUGUUAAUGUUUGUGAAUAUUUCUGUAUCUCAGUCAGUCAAAGAUCUUCUUCCUGUGCAGUUUGCCGACACAACAGAAGACUGAAGAGAAAGUAGAAUGAUUUACAGCAACGAUGGCAGAGUUCAACUUUCAGCAGCAUCAAGGAACUGCUUCGUUCUUUUAUACAUGAAGAGCAAACACAUCCAUCCAUCAUCUCUGCACCUUAGUUCUCACUAGAGGGGCGGAGCCUAUCCCAGCUGAGUCAGGGCGAAGGCAGGUUCACCUGGACAGUUGAAAUCCUCCUGCUGCUCUCAGAAACCAGUUCCAACCCAUCAGUCUGCAUCCCCUGCUCACCCGACAGCCGUCCUCUGGAACCCACUGGAUGCGUCCAUUGCUGGUCCCUGUGCCUGCUCCUCCUCCAUCUCUGCUUCCUGACACGCCGCCCUCCUCCUCAGCCUAAAUCCACGUCCUCUGUCAGAAAGCUCCCAAACUUUCUGUGGCUCCGCACAACUGUUCUGAUUUGUGUUUGCUUCGUUAGUAUUUGGUUUGCAUUCCCAGUCCUGUGGUACCAGUCCAGGGUUUAUGCUCGCAUCCUGUAUUGUGUAAAUUCAUUCCAUGCUAACCAAGCUAACCUGUAGUUGCUCUGCCUUGCCUACAGGGGUCCUCUUAGUUCCUGCUUUGUUACCUUUGACCUUAGUAUCAGUUCCUGUUUUGAUUGGAAGUGUAGUUCUAGUUAUUCUGCGUUUGAUAACUUUUGUGUAAAUACUGUACAUAAUCUAUGGUGUAAAUACCACUUCACUGUAAAAUACUUGAAACGUUU